UCAGCCGCCACUGCACUAAACUUUCUCACUCCAUUUUUCCUUUCCCCGUUGGAUCUCAAAAUUCUUGGUGUCCGGAUUCGCGUCAUUGGAAAAUCAGCGAAAUCAGGCGCACACAGGCAACUCAAUGGAAAUAGACCAGAACUUUCAGGCGCACACGAGUAACUCAAUGGAACCAGACCAGAUUGAAGGGGUGCUUGCUGUGGUAGUGGAGGUUGUAGCUGAAGUUGCAGUUUCUAGUGCCACAAAACAAGAUAAGUUUCCAGGUGCUGGCCAAGAAUACCAAGAAGGCAAGCACCGCGGGAAAGUUCUGGAUGAUGCAUUUGAAGACAUUGGAGGUUUCAGUGUACAGAAAAUAAAUGGGUCGUUGUAUAAAGAGAUCUGGUUGAAUUAUGGGCACAUUGCUUCAAGCCAAGUUCUUACAGAUUCUUAUUAUUAUACCCAAGUAGCCGUGGUUUCUGAAUUAAUGAAUUUUAUUGCGGAUAUGAAUCACUGCCCUCUCGAGGAGGUUUCUUCAGAAUUGAUUGACUGCUGGGAGAAGAAAAUAAAAGUAGCAGAGAAACUUGAAUUCAGCAUCGGGUGGCUCCGUGAGCGCUUGGAAGAUAUUAAGAAAAAUUUCGCCGAGGAGAAGAAGAUUCAGGACACAUUAAUGGAACAGGUUACGAAGAGGGAAAUAGCAAUUGAGGCUGAGCAGCAGUUGGUCUUGGCGAAAGAGCGACUUUCCGCCUUGGAAGCUAAGAUUUCUAGCCUACUCAAGGAGAAAGAAAGUUUUCUAAGCAAAUGCGGUGGUCCUUUGCUGCUUUUUAAUUGCAGCACCAACUUGUCACGGCUCCAGUUGGAAUUCUGAUGGAAGAACCAAUUGAUAACAACAACUCAAAGAGAGGGUCUUCUACAAGAAUUGCAAGAAAAUCACAAUCACGCUUAAUUUCUACCAUCACCAUGUAGUCUUGUUGUACCUUAGUUUCCUUUUGAGUCUGAUGCAGACUGAAUGAAUGAUUUCCCUCUAAAAUCAUGUAAUAUUGCAUCAACCUGGUGAUGGGCUGGGAAGCCUAUAUGAACUUUAAGGUCAUCAGAUUAUGUACUGAAUUUGAUGAAAUCAGUCUGGUUAAGUGAAUUCAGUGAUUUCAUUAGUUUUUCGUUGAUCGUUGAGAUGUUAUAUCUGGUUCUUGGAAACAAUUUAGAUGCACUGUUAUGUC